AUGGGAUGUUUUAGCGUGACCAGCGAUCGUUUUUACGAACAUAAUUUCAAGGAGCUGAAGUACAUGGAGGUGCCCCCACUCAGUAGCUUUCCCUUAAAACUGGAUGAGGUUGCAGGUGCCCAAGACCUUAAGCCGAACUGCAGCUUCUUCGACGAGUAUUUGGAUCACAUGCUGAACUAUAUUACUGAUUCAUCGGAUGAGAUGCUUCUACGUCAACCGAAAAAGGGGUUCUUCGUAAAUGCAAACAUCGUAUGUCAGGCUGAAGUUCUGGAAGUACUAAUGAGUACACCCUAUAAAUGGGUAGGCCGAAACUGGAAAAUAUUGGCCACCAAAUACCGCAGCACGAUUUACUUAUGUCUUGGAGAACAUCAAGGAGCCCAUGACGACUACCAGGCAGUGCGGCGCUUCGAUUUGUGGGAGGCGAAGUUGCGUCAUCAUUUAUACAGAGGUGAGAGAAUAGCAUUAAGAAAUCAUCUUAAAAAAAGCGCAAGCUGUGCUGAAUUCAAUUGUGUUUUUCGCUGCAACUUGAACGGUCUCUUACUAGUUUACAGCUCGCCCAUGUGUGGAACCGACAUUAAGUUCGAAAAGUGGACUUCUGAAUCCAAACCAACGUCAAUUGAUGUUAGCAAAAUGAACUUCAUUGAAGCUAAAUUGGGCCUCACAUUCAUUGGACCCACCCAACACAGCCCCAAACAGACUUUAAGCUGGUGGAGCGCAUGUACUCUAAAGGGGAUCAGAAAUGUUCACGUGGCUUCUGCCGACCUAAAUGGCCAAGUUGAAAAACUUGAAAUACAAUAUUUAGGCAAGAUUGUCGUCGAACAUAGUGAGUUUUGGGCGCCGGACGUUUCGAAGCAUUACUUAUCGUACACAUUACAAGCCAUGAAGAUAUUCAUCGACAAAACAAAAAUCGACAACGCCUCAGCCGUGUUUGAGUUCGACUAUUCAGCUAAUUCGGAAGUUUUAAGCUGUGUAGUACAUUCAAAACGCAACAAACACACCUUUUUAUCGGAUUGGUAUCGCAUGAAACUGGAGGAUAAUGAAUGCGUUUAUUGA